CUGAGCUCAGUUUUUUUUGUGUUUUUUGCAACCAAACAACAACUCUUUGACAACAACGCCAUGUUGAGACAGUUAUGGUCAUCGGUCGCUUCUCGGCUGUCGAGUGCCUCACCUUCCGUUUCAGCCAUCACACCAUUGCGUUCUUCUAAUUUGGUUCGACCGGCUUGGAUGGGUAGCUCCAUUCUUGGUUCAACUAUGGGCGCUUUCCGAUCGCCAGCCAUCGCCAAUCCUUUCGCUUCCCAAAUGCGCUUCGUCACAUAUGGAAAUACCUUUCAACCUUCCAAUUUAGUACGCAAAAGACGACAUGGAUUUCUCGCUCGAAUGACAAAAAAGAACGGUCGCCGUGUCAUUGCCAGACGUCGAUUGAAGGGUAGAAAAUACUUGUCGCAUUAGGAUGAAUUCCCUUUAUUAUUUUUCAGCUGUACAUUUUGAUCAACGAUCCCCGGAAACGACAUCAAUAGA